GAUCUUUACCCUAACACUUUGGGCCAGCCACCCUUUUGCAUUCAAAUCCACCCCAGGGUUCUGGUAAUGCGCUGGGUAGGUUUUAAAGGAAGGAACAGCUGGCACAAGUGGUAAGCUGAGCAGACAAAGUACAAGUGGAAGGAGGGUAAAUCAUUAGCCAGAGAGACAGGCCUUGAACCAGAUCACUGCAGCAGAUGCUAAUUUAGUCAUUCCCUCUUGCUCCGAAUCGAACUUUGUUCCUGCAAUGACUGACAGCUGAUGCAACGAUAAGAGAAUGAAGUCUAUAAAAAUCUAGCUGAGGCUCGGGAAGUUCUAUUUGGGGCUCUUCUACCUCCUCCGCGCGAGGCCGGUCCCGCGGUCCAAGGGACAGCCCACACUGGGAAGAUGCACUGUUGGAAAACGCUGGCGCUCGCCUUGCUCUGCUCCCUGCUGCUCUGUCAGACACACUGUGCUUCCUUGAGCCAACCAGAGCCUCAGCUGGUGAGAGAGAGGAGGAUGACACCCUUCUGGAGAGGCGUCUCACUGAGACCUGUUGGAGCCUCGUGCAGGGACAACAGUGAAUGCAUUACAAUGCUCUGCAGGAAGAACCGCUGCUUCCUGACAACAGCCGCUGAGUGACCCGUCCCCCCGAAGCCCACCCGUCGCUGUUAUCACUAACAGUGAAGUAUUUAUUGACCCUUCAGAACGAGGACAGGGGAUCCAGCAGUCAGUGCAUUUAAUGUUUCUGCCCCAGGAACUGACAAAGGACUUCAAAGAGCUUGAGAGCGUCCCCUACCCAGGGCCAUAGCUCUGCAGCACACUGGCCAAGCUCAAUAAAAGGACCGUGCAUCCCC